AGAAAUCCACAAGAUGAUUAUGAAAUAAUUCAGCGUAUUGGAAGCGGAACAUAUGGGGACGUGUACAAGGCUACACGACUUUCCACAAAUGAAGCAGCAGCUAUCAAAGUUAUCAAGCUCCAGCCAGGGGACGACUUCAGCAUAAUCCAGCAGGAGAUACUGAUGAUGAAGGAUUGCCGGCAUACUAACAUCGUCGCCUACUUCGGCUCCUACCUGCGACGCGACAAGCUGUGGAUCUGUAUGGAGUAUUGCGGGGGCGGCUCGCUGCAAGAUAUCUAUCAUAUCACGGGUCCGCUGACGGAGCCACAGAUCGCGUGCGUGUGUCGAGAGACACUGCGCGGCCUCUCCUACCUCCACACCAUGGGCAAGAUGCACAGGGACGUCAAGGGCGCCAACAUCCUGCUGACGGAGAGCGGCGGCGUGAAGCUGGCCGACUUCGGCGUCUCGGCUCAGAUCACGGCCACCAUCGGCAAGCGGCAGUCGUUCAUCGGCACCCCGUACUGGAUGGCGCCAGAGGUGGCAGCAGUGGAGCGCAAGGGCGGCUACAACCAGCAGUGUGACGUGUGGGCGGUGGGCAUCACGGCCAUCGAGCUGGCUGAGCUGCAGCCGCCCAUGUUCGACCUGCAUCCGAUGCGUGCUCUCUUCCUCAUGUCUAAGUCAGGCUUCAAGCCACCCACGCUCAAGGACAAGAACAAGUGGUCACAGACGUUCCACAACUUCGUCAAGGUUGCGCUCACCAAGAACCCCAAGAAGCGACCAACAGCAGACCGUUUGUCGCAGCACGCGUUCGUGCAGGGCGAACCGGGACCGGGUGAGCGCCGGUUGAUGCGGGAGCUGCUGGACAAGGUGCGCAACCCGAGCGGCACCUUCCAGGAGCCGGAGCCCGAUGAGGAGGGGGCGGUGAACAACGUCCCACACAGGAUAGCGUCGCGGCAGCCGGCUACCAAGCAACGCACGGAGUCGGAGCUGCACAUGGGCAGCGUGAGUUUCGAGCAGCCGCGCGUGUCCGAGCUGGCCGCCGAGCCGCCGCCGCCCCGCCGCCAGUGGAGGAUCGCCGGAGACGCCGACGAGGCUGAGGACGAGGACGAGGACGAGCCGCUAACGAGCCACUGCUCCCGCAGCCCGGCCGCCGCCAAUCACACGCUAGGCUACAGGCAGAGCGACGGCGGCGGCGGCGGCGGCGGCGGCACGCUCACGCGCAGCCGCAGUCUGACGCGGCACGAGCCGCUCGGCCGCCGCCUGCACAGGGCCGCCCUGUCCGGCGCCGACGUGCUCAACCUAUCGCUCAAGAGCCCGGCCGCCCGGUCCGCCGAGACGCCGCUCGACAUAUCGCAACAGGCUACGCUGACGGUGGAGGAGUCGCGCACAGCCCGCGAACUGGCGUCCGCCGGCCAGAAGGAGGCUAAGGCACGCUCACCAGGAUCGGACUCCACGCUCCGGAGACGCCACAGCCUGGCCGGCGAGGACGACCUGGCCGAGCAGACGGGCACCCUGACCCUAGGUCACCGCACCAGGUCACUGUCGGACAGCGAGGCCACCUCCUCGACGGCGGCGGUGAACGGGUCGUCGUCGGCGGCGGCGGCAGCGGCGGCCGGCGGCGGCUCGGCUUCGCCCGUGCCGCCGCCGCGCCGCCGCGAGAAGUUCCGCAAGACCACCCCGCCGCGCCCCGUCUCCAACGGCCUGCCGCCCACGCCCAAGGUGCACAUGGGCGCCUGCUUCUCAAAGGUGUUCAACGGUUGCCCGCUGCACAUCACGUGCACGACCACCUGGGUGCACCCGCUGACGCACGACCAGCACAUCCUGGUGGGCGCGCUGGAGGGCAUCUACACGCUCAACCUCAACCAGCUGCACGAGGCCACCAUGGAGCAGCUGUUCAACCGGCGCACCACCUGGAUGGUGGUAGUGAAGGACGUGCUGAUGAGCGUGUCAGGUCUGAAAAACCCGUGCCUCUAUCGACACGAUCUGUUGGCUUUGCACUCAAGGCAAUUCAACAGAUUUUCGUUGAACGUGAACAAGAUACCGGAAAAGCUCGUUCCUAGAAAGUAUGCCAUGACGACUAAGGUGCCCGACACCAAGGGCUGUGAGCGCUGUUGUAUGGGCCGCAACCCCUACAACGGCUACAAGUACCUGUGCGGCGCCGUGCCCUCCGGCAUCUUCCUCAUGCAGUGGUACGACCCGCUCAACAAGUUCCUCUUGCUCAAGCACCACGAGUGCUACGUGCCGGGCGAGCUGCGCGUGUUCGAGAUGGUCAUCACGCCGGACCUGGAGUACCCGCUCAUCUGCGUGGACGUGCGGCGCGGCUACGAGUCAGAUGCGCUGCAGCUAGACAUGAUCAACCUGAACACGGCCAGCUCCAUGGUUCCCGGGCUGCGAGGUUGGAGGACAUGGGACUGCACAGCGACGGUGGUGGCGCGCCACGAGCGGCUGGCCGUGCGCGCCGUCACCCAGCUGGAGCGCGAUGCCGUGCUCGUGGCGUACGAUAACGUCGUCCAGGUGGUGGACUUGCAGGGCAGGCCGACCUCGUCACGACGCCAGAUAUCGGAGCUGCAAUUCGACUUCGCCGUGGAGAGCGUCGUGUGUCUGACGGACAGCGUACUGGCGUUCCACAAGCACGGGAUGCAGGGGCGCAACUUCGCCAACAACGAGGUCACCCAAGAGAUCACCGACCCCAGCCGGGUGUUCCGCCUGCUGGGCAAUGACAGGGUGAUCACGCUGCAGAGCGUGCCGACGGCCGAGGCGGACGAGCCGGCCGGCGACAACAAGAACCUCUACAUCCUUACCGGGCACGAGGCCAUGUACUGAGGCUGACCCGCUCAUUGGUGGCCUCUCGGCGGCGCGGUAUUCGCGGCGACGCCGGCAUGCGGUCGGCCCGGCCGGCCUUGGCCGUUCCGCCUGCCGGCCCUCGACAGCGGCUAUAGGUGCCGGAACGGGACGGCGUGGCCCGGCGGCGGUGGGCGUCGCGGCCCAGCUGCAAGGAGCGCUGGCCCCUGGCGGAGGUGUGAACGGCGCCGGACCGCUCGGUGCCGGGGAGCGCGGCGGACACGCCGGCCCUGGCGCGGGCGGAGACGUGCACAGCCACAGUCGGCGGCACGGGCCGGCCGCGAUGCGCGUGACGUCGGGGUAACGGGCGGGAUCUGACCGUGCGGCGGCGGGGUCGGGUCCGGUCGGGUGUGGCCGGCGUCCGGUCCGCGGCCACAGUGAUAUUACCUGGUCGGCAGCCGGCAGCUGGCAGCCGCGUCAGACGCUCCAGACGGUCGUUGUGUGACGGGCCGUCGGGCGAGGGCGCCGGCAGCGGCGCACGCGUGGCGGGCCAUCGCGCCGCCGCCGCCCGCAGGGGCGCACUCGUGUACGUCAUCACAUCAGGAUCUGAUUUCUCCGGGUUUUUGUUAAGGCGGGCGCGUGACCUCAUCGGCAGAUAACUUGUAAGUUUGGGUUUGUUGUGGGGUUUUGUUUAAGCGAUGCACUGCUGUGCCGUCGUGUCGCUCGCCUUGCCAAUGUACCACCGGCCUACGUAGCGUCAAUUACGAUCAUCACCUGAGCGACUCAUCAUCAGAAGAUGUGGUUGUCCUUGCCAGUUGUGUGGUCCCACUUCGCAGCUCGUGCUAUCUCACCUGAAGUUACGGCUUGUACUGUAGCCAUCGGGUGGACGUCAGUAGCUUUCAGCCGGCGCUAGCGGACGCCGUUCAGCCGCAGUCUCGCUGCGUCGUCAUGGCGGAGUUCCCUAGGACGUUUUCGGCGCGCCGGGGCGGCGCGAAGUCCGUGUGCUGGCGUCAGCUGACGCGACCGGGUCGGCGGCUAUUCUGUGGCAGUCGGGGCAGGACUGAGCCGGCCGCCGCCAGACCGAUUGGCCACCGC